ACGCAAUCGAAAUAAACUUGUUUUCAAACGUCAGAUUAAAAUGGUUUUUGUUUUCUGUUAGAGAAAGGUAACCGGCGAGUGAUUCUGUGAUUAUAAAAAGGGAAUGCCAAGACAGCAACGCGUUUCAUGCGAUAUUGAAUCAGAAAUGCGAACCGACACAGUAGCAGUUGCCGGCAACAACCGUGCAAAUACCGGUAUUGAUUCAACUGCAGAUCAUCCAGCAGGAGACUCCGGCAGCCUUAUUGACAUCGACACUUAUCGCAGAAUUAUGAAGAGUUUUAUGGAUAUGAGACGCUACCGAACGGCACUGUUUUGGGCAGAGAAAGUUACAGCUCUUAGUAACAACGAACCGAAAGAUGUCUACUGGCAAGCUCAGUGUAUGUUCCUGCUCAGGGAGUAUCAUCGUGCAGCUUAUAUCAUACGAAGUCGAGGAUUGGAUAAGCAGAAUCUUCUUUGUCACUAUUUGGCGGUUGAAUGUUUGGCUGAGGCGAAGGAGUUUCAGGAAGCAUUGGAUGUAUUAAAUUCUGUAGAUUGUGAGAAGUUAGCAAUUAGUGUCUCUGGUACGACCACCAGCUGUCAAGAUGAUUCAAGUGCUCUUGAUGGGCCGGUGUUUGACGAGCCGAACAAAAGUGAUCUAUUAGGGUCGAUUUAUUUCUUGAAGGGGAAAAUCCUGGAAGCAAUGGAUAACCGGGUGCUUGCUAUGGAUUGCUAUGUUCAAGCAUUGCACAAGUCUGUAUAUUGCUCAGAAGCGCUCGACGCGCUUGUUCAACAUGAAAUGCUAAUGGCGUGGGAAGAGAAAGAAUUGAUGCAACAUAUGCCAAUGGAACAACAGUGCUCAGAGGCAGAAACGAAGAUCCUAAAGCGACUCUAUGAGAGCAAGCUGAAAAAGUACUACGAAUCGAUUGCUCCCCAAACAAACAUCGAGCAAACACCGGUUGGAACAAUGAGUUCGGAUUUGCUACAUGAAUUAACGGAAAAGAUGAAAAACAGCAAAAACAUCGAAAAUAUUCAAGCGGCCGCUACUUCAUCAUUAUCGAAGUGUUUCACGACACCACUGCCCAAUAAAAUCAUGUCACCAGCGAAUAAAAUCCUUGAGGACUUGAAAAAUACACCAUCGUAUUUAAUACAAUCAUCUUUGUCGAAGGCUUCGUCGGUGUUUGGCUCCGGAGGAGGUGGAGGUACAAGCUGCAAGCAGGACACACCUUAUCGAAUCAACCGACCUGUCAGUAUGCAAAGCCCAUCGGCUAUCGGUAUCCAAAAUUGUUUUGAACGAUUAGAAGGAUGUGUUGAUUUGGUUGUUUCGAAGGCAGAGAAGUUUUUCUACAAUUGCGAUUAUAAAAAGUGCAAGAAAAUCAUCGAUGAAGUCCUCAAGCGAGACCCCUACCAUAAGCGCAGCCUCACUGUGCAGAUUGGCUGUCUGAUGGAGAUGAAAGAUUUCAACAAGUUGUUCUACGUGGCACAUAAACUGGUGGACUUCUAUCCGGAGGACGCUAUCUCGUGGUACGCUGUAGGGUGCUAUUAUGAUUUGAUAGGGAAAAGUGAUCCCGCCAGGCGAUACCUGUCGAAAGCUACAAGCCUGGAUCGGCUCUACGGGCCGGCCUGGCUUGCAUACGGGCACUCUUUCGCCAAGGAAAACGAACACGAUCAGGCCAUGGCGGCGUAUUUUAAGGCAACCCAGCUUAUGAGAGGAUGCCAUCUACCACUGCUGUAUAUAGGAGUGGAAUGCGGACUGACUAAAAAUUUGGAAAUGGCAGAGAAAUUUUUUUAUCAGGCGAUGUCCAUUGCCCCUCUAGAUGUUUACGUACUACACGAACUAGGAGUGAUCAAGUUUGAAUAUGAACUGUAUGAAAGUGCAGAGGAAGUGUUUCGAACAACACUCGAUAUGGUACAAAGCAUGGCAAAGGCAAAUCGAGAGCCAAUUUCUAUUCGGUGGGAGCCUUUGCUUAACAAUUUGGGCCACUGCUGUCGAAAAAAUCGAAAAUACGAAGAGGCAUUAGAAUUCCAUAGGAGAGCUUUGUUUCUAAAACCAUUGAGUGCGGCCACUUUCACGGCGAUAGGCUUUGUGCAGUCAUUAAUGGGCAAACUGGACGAAGCUGUUGAAUCAUUUCAUAAAAGUUUAUCGUUGAAAAGGGAUGAUGUUUUCACAACGACCAUUCUCAAGUAUGUGAUCGAAGAUCUCGCUGAGGAGGCAUCAUUACCAUUCUACGCCGGGGAAGGUGAGGACAUUGAUCUUGAGGCAAAGGAAGAGGACGACUCGGAAGCAAGGGAUGACGAUAUGGUUGACGACAGUAGUAGUAAAAUUGGUACUGGUGUCAGUGAUAGCGGAGGCUUAACUGAUGGGCCACCGCCGCGACUUAAACUUCGAUUUGAUGAGUAUGAUUCAAACGCAUCACCGGUAAGUGAUACCAGUGCAGACGACAUGAGUAUGGACCUGUAGAGACAGGGUAAGUUGAUAUAUGAAAAUUUCUUGCAAAAAUAAUUGUUUUUCUGUAAUAUAUUGUUAAACAGUUAUUUAGGUAA